CAUGAGUUCAAAUGCAACUGCUGAGAGAUUAAAGCAUGUUUAAGAAUUGAGGAAAGCUCACUUUUACUUUGGAUUUGAUGAAGACACAAAUAAUCAAUCCGUAGCAAAGCAACCUAUACCAAUGUAGAAAACAGCUAAAGUGAGACCUAUGACAUCUGUUGUAGAGAAGGAUUAAAAGUUACAAUAACAAUAGCCACAAUAGCCUAUAUAACCUCCAAAAUUACAAUAAAAUCAUUUUCAUUUGGGAGAUGACAAACCUAAAUUAGAAUCCAUAUAAAAAUCUGACUAUUAAAGACCUUAAAGUGCAGCUAUAGCUAAAUUAAGUGAUGAAACCAAGAAAGAUUUGAGAUCUCAUCAUUUCUAAUUAGGUUAUCAUGAUAUCAAUAAGCCAACUGAAUAUGAAUAAAAUUUUGGAGAUUAAGGCAAAAACAAUGUUAAGAAGGCAGAUAAUGCAGAUUUACGUAAACAUCAUCAUGAUUUUGGUGAUACAAAUAAUUAUUACUCUUCUAUGUAUGAUACUGUGCAUAAUAAACAAUAUGAUAAGGCUUUAUUAGGAUAAGGAUACUCAAAAGAAAGAAUGGCAGAAAUGAAUGUUCAAUUAAGAAAAACUAAUUUAGUUAUGGGAAGAGAUGGUAAUGGUUAUACAACCUAGAAUUAAGCUAUAUAUGGGAAACCAUAAUUAUAAGUGAAUAAUUUUCAAGAUAAGACCUAACAAUUAGUUAGAAAUACACAUAUAACUAUGGGUACAGAUAGAGUUGAAUAUACAAGUUAAGCUAAGGCUUCUCAUGUAGGAAAUUAAGGUGAUAGAUCUAUAUUAAAUGAGGCAUAAUUAAAAGAUUUAAGAGCAACACAUUUCUAAGUAGGAAAUGAUUAAGCUGUUAAUUAUUAAUCAGCAUAUAGAUCUUAAUUCUCAGAUAGAAAAGGAUAAUAAGAAUAAGUAAGGAAUCCUUAAUUUCAAUAAAAUAAUUUUGAUCUUAAAGAUGAAGUUGUAAAACCUACAAUUUAAGAACAUUAUAAAAGCACAUAUAAUCAAUAAUUUAAUGGAUAAAAGGCUNAUAACAUGAGUUCAAAUGCAACUGCUGAGAGAUUAAAGCAUGUUUAAGAAUUGAGGAAAGCUCACUUUUACUUUGGAUUUGAUGAAGACACAAAUAAUCAAUCCGUAGCAAAGCAACCUAUACCAAUGUAGAAAACAGCUAAAGUGAGACCUAUGACAUCUGUUGUAGAGAAGGAUUAAAAGUUACAAUAACAAUAGCCACAAUAGCCUAUAUAACCUCCAAAAUUACAAUAAAAUCAUUUUCAUUUGGGAGAUGACAAACCUAAAUUAGAAUCCAUAUAAAAAUCUGACUAUUAAAGACCUUAAAGUGCAGCUAUAGCUAAAUUAAGUGAUGAAACCAAGAAAGAUUUGAGAUCUCAUCAUUUCUAAUUAGGUUAUCAUGAUAUCAAUAAGCCAACUGAAUAUGAAUAAAAUUUUGGAGAUUAAGGCAAAAACAAUGUUAAGAAGGCAGAUAAUGCAGAUUUACGUAAACAUCAUCAUGAUUUUGGUGAUACAAAUAAUUAUUACUCUUCUAUGUAUGAUACUGUGCAUAAUAAACAAUAUGAUAAGGCUUUAUUAGGAUAAGGAUACUCAAAAGAAAGAAUGGCAGAAAUGAAUGUUCAAUUAAGAAAAACUCAUUUGGUUAUGGGAAGAGAUGGCAAUGGUUAUAUAACAUAAAAUUAAGCUAUAUAUGGGAAACCAUAAUUAUAAGUGAAUAAUUUUCAAGACAAGACCUAACAAUUAGUUAGAAAUACACAUAUAACUAUGGGUACAGAUAGAGUUGAAUAUACAAGUUAAGCUAAGGCUUCUCAUGUAGGAAAUUAAGGUGAUAGAUCUAUAUUAAAUGAGGCAUAAUUAAAAGAUUUAAGAGCAACACAUUUCUAAGUAGGAAAUGAUUAAGCUGUUAAUUAUCAAUCAGCUUAUAGAUCUUAAUUCUCAGAUAGAAAAGGAUAAUAAGAAUAAGUUAGAAAUCCUUAAUUUCAAUAAAAUAAUUUUGAUCUUAAAGAUGAAGUUGUAAAACCUACAAUUUAAGAACAUUAUAAAAGCACAUAUAAUCAAUAAUUUAAUGGAUAAAAGGCUGAGAAAGUUAAUCCUAUAGUGGAUAAUUCUAAAAAUAUUAUGAUUGGAAAUGAUAAAUUAAGUUAUUAGAGUGAAGCUUAAGCAAGGUUUAGAGAUUUUCAUUCGAAACCAGGAAAAUUGUAAGAAGAAGUCUAAGCAGAGUUAAGAAAACAUCACUUUAAAUUUGGAACUGAUGAAGAUACAACAGAAUCAGUGGCAAAAGCAUAAUUUAAGAAUCCACAUGGAUAACCAGGUAAAAUGGAUGCAGAAAUGAAAAAAGUAAAUUUAUUAUAUAGAUAUCUUAUAGGAUUUAAGAACCCAUCACUUUUAAUUAGGUUAUUGUAGAAAUGAUUAUUAAACUCAUUAAAAAGAAUUUGGAUCAAAAUAAGGACCACCAAAUAAAUUACCUCCAGAGAUGGCUUAAAGAAUUAGAUAGAGUUCAUAUUAGAAUUGA